AUGGCGUCUUGUCCAUUGCCUUCCUCUUCCCGUACCUUCCGGCGCUAUGGUGUUUGGUUCCUAGGCUAGGUACUCCUGCGUCCCAAAUGAUGUAACCCGGCUACGGCCCGGGAUGCUGUUAUUUGGCUUCGGCCUGCCUCUGGACAUGGAUAGCCAGGCUCUGGUUAUUCGGAUACGAAUCCCUGAUGGGGGCGCCGUUGACUGGACAGUACAGCCGGCCACUCAGUUGCUGUUCCGGGACAUCUUGGAUGUGAUUGGUCAGGUUCUCCCAGAUGCAACAACCACUGCCUUUGAGUAUGAAGAUGAGGAUGGUGAUCGGAUUACAGUUCGGAGUGAUGAAGAAAUGAAGGCCAUGUUGUCAUAUUAUUGCACCAUGGUCCUUGAGCAACAGGGGAGUGGCCCUCUGACUGAACCUCUGCAGAUCUAUCCACGUGCCUGCAAGCCUCCCGGGAAGCGGAACAUACAUGGCCUCAAGGUGAACACCAGAGCCGGAUCUUCCAGUAACAGCAGUCCGUCUGUGCCAGACAAUAUUGCCGGCAAUAGCUUAAAGAAGUCCUCUGCUGAGCUGAAGAAGAUUUUGGCUAAUGGACAGAUUAAUGAGCUUGAUAUCCAGUGCCGUGACAUUCUGGGGCAUGGAAAUGGAGGGACCGUGUAUAAUUGGCCCAUAUUUGCUAUGUCAAUAGGCAGAACCUCAGAAGACUUGGAUAAAGGACCAUGCAGGAGGAUCAUGGGAAAAGCAUAUCAUGUGCCAAGUGGGAAGAUUCUGGCUGUAAAGGUCAUCCCAUUAGAUAUUACUGUGGAGCUGCAGAGACAGAUUAUGUCAGAGCUGGAAAUCCUGUACAAGUGCGAUUCUCUGUACAUAAUUGGGUUUUACGGAGCAUUUUUUGUGGAAAACCGGAUUUCCAUCUGUACUGAAUUUAUGGAUGGUGGAUCCCUGGAUGUGUACCGGAAGAUUCCAGAACAGGUCCUUGGAAGAAUUGCUGUUGCUGUAUUAAAAGGCUUGACUUACCUGUGGAGCUUAAAGAUUUUACACAGAGAUGUAAAGCCUUCUAACAUGCUGGUGAACACACGUGGCCAUGUGAAGUUGUGCGACUUUGGUGUGAGCACACAGUUGGUGAAUUCUAUCGCCAAGACGUAUGUGGGAACAAACGCUUAUAUGGCGCCAGAGCGUAUUGCAGGAGAACAGUAUGGAAUCCACUCUGAUGUCUGGAGUUUGGGCAUCUCUUUUAUGGAGUUGGCGCUUGGAAGAUUCCCUUAUCCACAGAUUCAGAAAAACCACGGAUCUUUAAUGCCGCUCCAGAUAUUGCAAUGCAUUGUUGAUGAGGAGUGUCCCGUGCUCCCUUUGGGUGAAUUCUCAGAGUCCUUCGUACACUUCAUUACACAGUGUAUGAGAAAGCCACCAAAGGAGAGACCAGCACCUGAAGAGCUAAUGGAUCACCCUUUCAUUGUCCAGUUUAAUGAUGGCAACACAGAAGCAGUGUCCAUGUGGGUGUGCCGGGCACUGGAAGAGCGGAGGAUGCAAAGUGGACAGGCGUGAUCCGUGUCCAUAGUGAGGAUGUGAACCUAAUAGCGAGACGCACAGAGAUCAGCGGGUGCAGAGGAUCAACUUGAUUUGUGACACGUUCAGCGCAGAGACUUGUGUAGUUCUUUCUGUGCAGUGCCUUCAGCCAUGCCUUAAGGGAUACGUGGUCACUAACAGCGGCCUUUUGAGCCUUCCGCUGAUAACAUUUGUCUGUUUCAUUUUGGCAGCUUUAUACUGUGCCCAGAAAAAGUGCCUGCAGAAGAGUGGGCAUAUGGGAGAGAUGACUGUUACAUAUCACAAAAGCUUCUAGAUAGCUCAGAUUAGGAAGGGGCAGAGAUAUCACUUCACCUUGGCUAGGGAGUUUCCUCAAUAUGGGGAGAAAAGUAUCUGUACCGAGACCUCUCCAGAAUGCAGCACUUCACUAUAUCUGCCAUUCCCUUCCAGGUCUUAUGGGUCCUUAGCUCCAUCUGACUUGGGAUAUAGCUUUUUCCUGAUCAUGACCUCAGACACACAGGUGCCUUCCCUCCUCACCUUUGUUUUUUGGUGGUAUCCAACUUGUAGGAACCUUUCUACUGAGCUACACAUAUACAUUUUGUAAUUAUUGGUCUUGCACAGAUCUCUGCUUCUUCUGUAAUAAAUGUUUUUACUACUAUGUAGACCCUUAUGUGCAUGCUUAUUUUAGUUUGCCUUAGGCAGAAGGCUUGGACUGGAAUUCCAAAUAGGCCCUGGCAUUUCAAGUAUACAGCGGGCGAAACAAUCCCCCACCAUAAGUAGUGACUGUCUAUGGCAUCUUAUAGCAGCCUCUCUGGCGUUUGCCAGAAUCCACAGAUUGCCUGUCUGACCAUGAACCCAACUGAGCACCUGCUGGAUGAAAUGGAACACUGGCUGUGAACCAGGCCUGAUCCCCAACAUCAGUUCCCAUUUUCUCAUGUUUGAAUGGAAGCAAAUAUCACUAACAGUGUUUCAAGCCUCUGUGUACUUGAAAUGCCAGGGUCCCAGUCUGGGCAUAGUGGGGUUGAGGUCAGUACUCUGGGCCAUCUCAGCAAACCCAUUCUUUAUGGAACAGGGGGUAUUAUUGUGCCAAAACAGAAAAGAGCCUUCCCCAAACUGCUGUCACAAAAUUGUCAUGAAGUUGUCAUGCCCUUUAUACAGAAGUAAAGCAAAGUCAUAAACAAGAACAUGUGACUGGCAAGGACUGAUGAGAUGAUGUGUAUGCUCAUGUGGUCAAUGCAAGUGCAACAAAUAUGUCGAUUAACAAUUUUGCAUAUUGGUAUAAAUUAACUUCACGUAUAUUUUAGGACAUUUUUUUCUUACACAUCCUUAGCUUUAUAAUUGCUGAUGUAGGAAUGGAAUUAUUUCAACUUUGAACCAGUGCAAGCAAGUGAACGCCUUCCUUUCCUCCGGUUCUGUUGGAUUUCCAUGUACAGAAGGAACAGAGAGACUAAAUAGACAACUUGCUAUUUGCUAACGUGUAAAUAUAUUUUCAUGUACAGAUCUGCAGAAACAUGGGGGGCUUUCUGCUAUUGCAUUUUAUUAUAAAUUCAUAUUUAAUUUUC